CGCGCGGGCUGCCGGGAUCGCUCGCCGCCGCUGUGGUAAUGUCCGCCAUGUUGGCCAUGGCGCAGGGAGCGGAUCGGGCGGGCGAGCGGCGGAUCUAGUGUGUGGAAGCGGCCGCGGGCGGCGGUGGGUUGUUCUCGGGCGGGGUGGGCGCCCAUGCUGUGGACGGGGGCAGUGAGGAGGAGGAGGAGGAGCGGGCCGGCCGUGCUGCACUGAGGAAGGAGAGGAGGCGGCGGGAGCCCUCCCCCCCCCUCGCCCGCCCCGCCGCCGCCGCCGCCGCCGCCCGGGCUGUUCCUGUGAGGCGGGGAGACAAUGAGUAAACUCUCCUUCCGAGCGCGGGCGCUGGACGCCGCCAAACCGCUGCCUAUCUACCGCGGCAAGGACAUGCCCGACCUCAACGACUGCGUCUCCAUCAACAGGGCCGUGCCCCAGAUGCCCACCGGGAUGGAGAAGGAGGAGGAAUCGGAACACCAUUUACAGCGAGCAAUUUCAGCCCAGCAAGUGUUUAGAGAAAAGAAAGAGAGCAUGGUCAUUCCAGUUCCUGAGGCAGAAAGCAACGUCAUCUAUUAUAAUCGUCUGUACAAAGGAGAGUUUAAACAGCCAAAACAGUUCAUUCAUAUUCAGCCCUUUAAUCUGGACAAUGAACAACCAGAUUAUGAUAUGGAUUCUGAGGAUGAGACGUUAUUAAAUAGACUCAACAGGAAGAUGGAAAUUAAGCCUCUGCAGUUUGAAAUUAUGAUUGACAGGCUUGAAAAAGCCAGUUCUAAUCAGCUUGUAACACUCCAAGAAGCAAAACUGCUGCUAAAUGAGGAUGAUUACCUUAUUAAGGCUGUAUAUGACUACUGGGUGAGGAAACGUAAAAACUGCAGGGGACCAUCCCUCAUUCCUCAAAUAAAACAAGAAAAAAGAGAUGGUUCUACCAACAAUGACCCUUAUGUUGCUUUUCGAAGAAGAACAGAGAAAAUGCAGACUCGAAAGAAUCGCAAAAAUGAUGAAGCCUCAUAUGAAAAGAUGUUGAAAUUAAGACGAGAAUUUAGCCGAGCCAUAACAAUUUUGGAAAUGAUUAAGAGACGAGAGAAAACAAAACGGGAAUUAUUGCACUUAACAUUAGAAGUUGUUGAAAAAAGAUAUCAUUUGGGAGACUAUGGUGGUGAAAUCCUUAAUGAAGUGAAAAUUAAUAGACCAGAGAAAGAAAUAUAUGCCACUCCAGCAACUCUUCAUAAUGGAAAUCAUCACAAAGUCCAAGAAUGUAAAGCUAAGCACCCUCAUCAUUCAUCUUUAAAAGAAGAGGCACCUGAUGUUGUUCGUCAAAAGAAGAAGUACCCAAAGAAGCCAAAAGCAGAGACUUUGAUAACUCCUCAGCAGCCCACUACUGAGACAUUACCUGUGAUCAAUAAGAGUGAUAUUAAACAGUAUGACUUCCACAGCUCAGAUGAGGAUGAAUUCCCACAGGUACCAUCACCAGUUUCAGAACCUGAAGAAGAAAAUGAUCCUGAUGGUCCCUGUGCUUUCAGGAGGAGGGCAGGAUGCCAGUAUUUUGCUCCUCGUUCGGACCAAACUAACCAUUCAAAUGACAAUUCAGAGCUGGCAGAUUUGGAUAAGUUGAGAUAUAGGCACUGCCUUACAACUCUUACUGUCCCAAGAAGAUGUAUAGGAUUCGCAAGGAGGAGAAUUGGCAGAGGUGGAAGGGUCAUAAUGGACCGGAUUUCCACAGAACAUGACCCUGUCCUGAAACAGCUAGACCCUGAAAUGCUGAAUGGUUUUUCAAGCUCUUCCCAAACUAUAGACUUUUCUUCUAAUUUCUCAUGGACCAAUGCUUCCAAUAAACAUUGUGAAAACAGACUGUCCCUUUCUGAAAUACUAAGCAAUAUCAGAUCAUGUCGACUACAGUGUUUCCAGCCAAGGCUACUAAAUUUACAGGACAGUGAUAGUGAAGAAUGUACCUCAAGGAAACCAGGGCAGACUGUGAACAAUAAAAGAGUUUCUGCAGCAUCUGUAGCUUUAUUGAACACCAGCAAGAAUGGCAUAUCAGUAACGGGGGGUAUCACAGAGGAGCAGUUUCAGACACAUCAACAGCAAUUAGUUCAAAUGCAAAGGCAGCAACUUGCUCAGCUUCAGCAGAAACAGCAUUCUCAGCAUUCCUCACAACAGACACAUCCAAAAGCACAGGGCUCAAGCACCUCUGACUGUAUGUCUAAAACACUUGACUCAGCCAGCGCCCACUUUGCUGCAUCUGCAGUGGUCAGUGCACCAGUUCCAACUCGCAGUGAGGUGACCAAGGAACAGAGCACUAGCCACAGUAAUAUAAAUGGUGUUGUCCAGCCUUCAGGAACCUCUAAAACUCUAUACUCCACCAAUAUGGCUUUAUCAUCCAGCCCAGGGAUUUCAACUGUACAACUUGUAAGGACAGUUGGUCACACCACCACAAACCACUUAAUCCCAGCAUUGUGCACAAGCAGCCCUCAGACACUUCCCAUGAACAAUUCCUGCCUGACAAAUGCAGUGCACCUCAACAAUGUCAGUGUUGUUUCUCCAGUCAAUGUGCAUAUCAAUACAAGGACUUCAGCACCAUCGCCAACAGCCUUAAAACUUGCCACAGUUGCUGCCAGUAUGGACAGAGUGCCAAAGGUGACUCCUAGCAGUGCCAUCAGCAGCAUAGCAAGAGAGAACCAUGAACCAGAAAGAUUGGGUUUAAAUGGAAUAGCAGAAACAACAGUAGCCAUGGAAGUGACAUAACCUCCAACUGGUAGCGCUGACCUGUGCUGAUGGUGUGUAGUCAUUUCUUUUCCAACUGAAUGCAAAAUACAAUGCUCUGUGGAUCACAGAGAGCUAAAAUGGACCUAUUGAACUAUCAAUAUAUCGAAUAUUAAAUCGAUAUAUAAUGUACAUUUUGUAAAAUUGGGAAAAUCACUACCUUGUAAAAUAGUUUAUUUGUAUCAUCAAUAUUAUUUCUGUUACUUGAAUAGUAGAUAUUCAUCAUCAUGCUUUUGCACUUGAAUUUGCAACUGAAUGGAUUUAAAAAUAAUUCUUUAAUGGGAUCAUGAGCAUGAAAUGAGAUCCUGCAUCACUUGUUUUAACUAUUUAUUUUGCCAUGUUUACAUUUUGUAUCUUGUACAAAUAAAUCAAACUUUGUGUCUAAAAAGUUAAAGAUUCAUAGCUAGGAAAUGAAAUUCUUGUAAUUUUUUUCUAAAGGAACUGUAAAGUUUUCACUUGGUUCAUUUUGUUUCACAAUUUGACUAGAUGGACUUUUUGGUAAAUACUUUAGUGGCAUUUCACUGUCAAAUAUGAAGUUCAAGGCAAAAUAGUAUUUUCUAUUACUGUGCAGGGGAAAGGGAUGGAUCGAUACAUGCAAAUUUAAUGUAGUAACUCACUUUUCCAUAUAUUUUGAAUGUAUAUUUCUAUUUAUAAUACCAGUUUAUAAAAAAUAAUUACACAGAAAAAAACUGACUAGGAAAAAUUAUGCAUCUGGCACAUAUAAACUGUGCAGAUAAGAAAAUUUUUCAACUGAUUACAUUUUAUCUGAAGACUACAUAUUUUAACGGCUUUAAAACUGUAACACACCACAUAAAGAAUAUUUUACCAGGUAUGUAUUGCAUUAUAUCAUUGCAAUAAUUAUUGGAUGUCUAGAUAUCGAGCCAUCCCAGGUGGUGGGAGGGGGGAGGGUUGUGGCAAGAUUGUCUUUUCAAUUUCAGAGAAUUUUCCUGUGGCUACAAGGCAAGUAACGGGUUGGAAAAAGUCUGACUGUAAGCGUUGGACACCUUCGUAGUGUAGUGUUUUAGUGACUUUUUUUAUACGGUUCUUGUAAAUUAGAUAUGUGUAGUGGUGUUUCAGAAUGUUUGUUUAUGCACUAGUUCAGACAACUUUCCCUGUUACUUGUUCUUGAUAAGUGAAAACUGCAGGGAAAUAAAAAUACAUAUCAAAACAUGAA